UCCCAUCCCCCAGCCCAGCCCGGGCCUCCCGGAUCCUUCCCGCGCCGGUCUUUCCUUCCCGCUUUCCCCGGGAGAAACAUGGCCGGGAGCACGGAGGAGGCGCCAGACUGCGGGCGAGGCGUCGUGAUUACAGACAGCUGGCCAGGGUACGACUUAGAUUUGUUCACGUACCCACAGCACUAUUACGGAGAUUUGGAAUAUGUGCUCAUACCCCAUGGCAUCAUUGUAGACAGAAUUGAGCGGCUGGCAAAGGAUAUAAUGAAAGACAUUGGAUACUGCGACAUUAUGGUCCUGUGUGUACUUAAAGGUGGUUACAAAUUCUGUGCUGAUCUUGUAGAACACCUUAAGAACAUCAGCCGAAAUUCAGAUCGGUUUGUCUCUAUGAAGGUUGAUUUCAUCAGACUAAAAAGUUACAAGAAUGAUCAAUCCAUGGGCGAGAUGCAGAUAAUUGGAGGCGAGGAUCUUUCAACAUUGGCUGGAAAGAAUGUCCUCAUUGUUGAGGAUGUUGUUGGAACUGGGAGGACCAUGAAAGCCCUGCUCACCAGCAUAAAGAAAUACAAGCCCAACAUGAUUAAGGUAGCCAGUUUGUUGGUAAAGAGAACACCUAGAAGUGAUGGCUUUAGACCUGACUAUGCUGGAUUUGAGAUUCCAAACUUAUUUGUGGUGGGAUAUGCCUUAGAUUACAAUGAAUACUUCAGAGAUCUGAAUCACAUCUGCGUGAUCAAUGAACACGGUAAAGAAAAAUAUCGAGUCUGAAGAAGCAAAUUCUUACCAUCGACUUCCCAGAUAACAUCAUUCUUACUACUAUACUACACUCAGGAAGCCAGCCUGUAAAAUCUGUCUCCCCAGGGGCGACUUCACGCAACAGGAUGUAAAAGAAAAAAAAACGUUUUAAGUGAAAGCUUUCUUUUCUGAGAUAUAAAGAGUACUAAAGGUUCUUAAGGAAAAGAAAGCAGUGCUUUUAUUUGACUUGUUCCAAAUUCAACACUCCACCUUAUGACUCAUAAGUUCUCUCCACCUUCACACUCCUGAGUUACACCUUCUUUUGUUUUGAUAAUCAUUAUGUUUGACUACCAUUCCCAGGAAUACCCCCACUUAGUUACUCAUAUAUUUUUCACCUAACUUUUUUUAAUACCUUCAUUUUGUAAUAUUUUAUGCUAUUAACUGGGAAACCUUUUAAAGUAAGUCCUGAGCUGACAUACUAGGAAUGCAGCUAGAUUCCCAUGCUAAAAAAGGGAGGGAAAGGAUAACUUAGUAUAAAUUCCUGUUUGCGCCUCUCUGACAGGACAUCAUUAUCUGCUGUGACAAAGCCUUUCAGAAAAGCAGGGUACGAUGAAUCUUAAUGAUGUUAUGAAAUGAGCCUUUGCUUAGUGCUCUUGAUCGGAGCUUCCGGUAUGUGAUGACAGUGUGUCGUGUAUGCAUGGAUGUACUCAACUGUGUUUAAUACUCUGAAUUUUAAUUAGAAAAGACACAAUGGCAGCAAGGCCCUGGUUCCUACCCUGUACCCUUUCAUUCACGUGGGACCUGAGCAAAUGGCAGAAUUGAGUAGGGAGUGUUUUCAAUGCAUGAAACUAAGCAAGUAUAAAUUUUUCCUGUUAUUUGCAUCAAAGGCCAAGACACUAUUAAGUAUUGUCUGAAACAUGAACACAGAGAUUGAAUUAUUUCCUUAAGUGUCCUUAUAAGACCAAUGGCACAAUCCGAGGUGCUACGGGAAACAAGCUUACCUACAAAAGAUUUUUUUUUAACCAAAUAAACACUUUAUUAUUAUUAUUAUCACUGCUGUCUGAGACAUUUUCUAAUUUAUGGGAAUUUUAAUUCGAAAUAAAUUUGAAUGCCAAUAGAGCUGUUUUUCCUUACUUCCUAAAAGAAGUAAAUGCAAAAAAUAAAUAAGCAGCCUUUGUUUGGUUCUGAACCAAAUGUGAUGUAUUGUUAUUAGGUUCCAGCUUCCUUUAAACUAAUAAAACAAAUAAGAAAACUUGUUAUGUUUUAUAACUGCUAACUGUUUUUUCUUCCACCUUCAUAUUUUCUAUGUACUUUUAGCUAUUAAAAUAUGUAUGAGCCAGUAGCUUCAAUACACCACUGCAGAUACUA